CCACCACCACAGUAUCCUCCACCACUACCUUGUCGGGCUCCACCACCAUCAUCAUCGGGCCACUACCAUGGAAACCGACGAAUGCGCAUUCUGACUUCAGUCCAGCCGUCGGUUUCAACCUGCCAAGUCGCGCAGGUGUCGGCGAACGGUUGUCGGCGUCCACGGACGGGUUCCGCGGAUAUUCCCAUCGCGGGUACGGUACAAAGCGAGCGAUAGGUGCAACGAAGUAUCUCUCGCACUGGGUUCCUCUCGUUCGUCUCGGGAUCGGUGGGUCCCAAAGGACGAUUCCGACCAGCGGGUCGCUGGAUCGCCGUUCCGCCGCGUGGGAAAUAAAGGGUUGCGCCCGGUACUAGCCGAGGAUCACGGCGGGAAAACGGGCGAGUGUUAAAAACCCGUGUCGCCGCAGGAGGGCUGCGAUUUAUGGAACCGCCCCAUGGAUAGUAACAUGUCGACUGCCGCCUUCAUGCACCGGUCCGGUGGUUCUUCCGGCACGCCCAGUGCUGGCAUGGUACCAUCGACCGGUGGCGGUCCUGGGAACCCAACAGGAGGCGGCAGGAUGGCCGUCAUCGGUGUGACCAGGAACGUGAGACUGAGACGGCGUGGAGCGUCGGGAUUCGGCUUCUCUCUACGUGGCGGCCGCGAAUACGCAGCCGGAUUUUACGUGAGCGACGUGCAGCCGGGAGGAGAGGCCCACCGAAAUGGAUUAAGGGUCGGCGAUCAAAUCAUAAGGGUGAACGGGUAUCCAGUGGAGGACGCCGUCCACCAAGAAGUUGCGCUUCUAGCGAAAAACCAGCAAGUGCUCGUCCUUAAGAUCCGAAGCGUGGGAAUGAUACCUGUGAAAGACAAUCCAAACGAUCCGGUCACUUGGCACAUGGUGCAGCAGCAACAGCAGCAAUUGCAGUACAACGAGACCGGCGUGGGAGCAGUGCCGGUCACCGAAGUCAGGAUUCGAAUCCUCGUCGGGGAGAAGGGACGAUUGGGCUGCGGCGUUUGCAGGGGAAUCGUGCCUGGCCUCACCGUUCAGGGAACCAGAGACGACGGACCAGCAAGGGCAGCAGGCCUGAAAGCCGGCGACGUGAUCGUUUGGUGCAACGGGCAACGGCUCACCGAUCUUCCAUUCGAAAGAGCCAUCGAGGUAAUGAGAAGCUCCGCCAUUCUCGACCUAAUAGUGCAACGACCCACGUCAAAUCACCUUUACGACUGUCCCGAGCCACUGUGGACCCGCGGCUCCAGCGGCUACGAUUCUGAAACAUCGAGCGUGGCUGCGGCCAGCCCGCAACCCCAACAGAAUCAAUCUUACUCGCCACAGCAUCACCAUGACCCUAGAAUGCACCAUCGAUAUCCCCGCGACGAUACCUGCAACCGAAAUGGAAGGAUCUGUUGCCCGCUGGCCUUGUCCACGAGCAGUUGCAGUUCAUCGGAGUGGCCUCACCCUGACCAGCCGCAAGAAUGGACCCGCAAGCCAAACAACACGACCGUGAUCCGUAUUAAUCAGAACCAGAACCAAAACCACAGGCACAUGGCCGGGCCGGGUCACCCGAAUUCGCGCAGCUACGACGAAGACAUCGACAACGAGCCCCUUUACGAUCCCGUGGCGCCCAGAGUCGGCUACGAGGUUCACGAUUUCGACGCGAAUCCACGGGACGAGGCUAACCGUCGAUUAGCUUAUCGCCGGGAUAACUGUAGUAGACAACAGGACUACAUUUACGACGGGCCGGCCGAUGACGUCCCUCCCUAUCACGGAUCCAAAGAAAACGGUACACAGAACGACGGAGACAGAAAGACGGUAACCACGGUGGAAGUGCAUCAAUCUAUCUGCCCUCCGGCACCUCCGCCACCUCUGCCCUACAAAUGGCCAGCAGAGACGAAGCCAAUGAACGCCAUGGGUAUGCAAAUGGGUAGCACAAUGUCGAUGGGCAGCACAGGCUCAACGGAAACCGAGUCGAGCCUGGAGUCCUCCUGUAGCAAGGACUCAGCGUCGACCUCGUCGUCGUUGUCGACGUCCUCCUGCGAGCCGCCGUCGACGGUUUCCUACGGCUCGGUGACGGCCGGCUCGACCGGGACCAAUAAAAUCAACGACGCGCCGACCACCGUGCACACGACACCCCGCAACUGCGCCACAAGGACGUCGCCGAUCGCCUGCACCGACCUGAGCACUGCCAUAACACAGGAACUGCAGAGGCGGGCGCAGCAGCGGAGCUUGAACAUGGCCAAAUCCGAAGCUAUGAAGGAGAAAGCAGCGGAAGCGCGGAAGCCACAGAACCCGGAGGCAUUGAGGGCGCAGGAGCAGAAGGUCACCCAUGAUAAGUUAAUGGAGGAGUUCAAGCGUGCUCACCGGAAGAUGUUCAACUCCGGCCAGCAGAAAGUUCAUUUCUCCGAUCAGCCGGUUGAGCAGGAACAAGAGAAGAGGGUGCUGAAUACUUCUUCGACGCCACCAAACAUUCCACCGGCGCCGCCAGCACCGCCAGCACCUCCAGCGCCCCCAGCACCAAUAGCUGCGCCGCCGAUUCCUCCGGCACCCCCUGUGCCACCGGCACCACCACCACUUCCGCUUGUAGCGAAGACCAAGAGCAACGAGGACGCCGUAGAGAUGCAGAGCAUCGAGUCGUUCAAGCUGAAAGAAACGCCAAAUCCAGUGAUUCCAAAGCCACCGCCGACCUACUUCCCCUUGCAGAAUGCAACGGCAACCACAAACGGAAGUCCUCGGCACACUGCCACCGCAAACAAGCCGCAGGUCAAUGGGAAGGACGCGGCGACCAGUCCAGUGUUGGAAGUCUCGAAGCCUAUCGUCCCGCCGGCCGCCACGAAUGGACAAGUUCCGAAACCUGCGGCGGGAAAAGUCGCUAUUAGAAUAGGAGCGUACGAAGGGGAGGCCAAACAACCCUCCAAGUUGGACUUCCUUUCGCAGCAGGCUCGAUCCGAGAGGAAUGGUAGUAACAGUGAACUGGCGAAUGGGCCAGUGGUGUCCAGACUUCAGAACGAACUGGCUGCCACGCUGCAGAGAUCGAAUCUGAGGAGAAAGACUGACGGGGAGGGACAGGCAGCGAUCAAGCCAAUUCCCGAGAACGCAGCAGCGUGCAACAACGAGACAACAAACUCGGAGCCGGGCAAACUGCCGCAGAGCAGCGUCGAGAAGCUGGCGUCCGCGCUGAGCAACAAAGUCACCAUCAAAGUAAACCCGGAUCAGAAUAACCGAUAGGAAUCCCUAGCUGUAUCGUAUUAAGUCGAACGGAUCGAUUAGGAAGUUCACCUUGUACCUCUGCCACAAUGUACAUUUUUGCACGCUCUUUCGAAACACCGACAUCGACUUUAUUAUAGACGAAAGGACCGCUCCCCCUAUUGGCGAGCAUUCUUUUUUACGUCUUUUACCCGUACGUCUUUUUUUAUAUGUUAUUUAUUAUCGUAUUAUAGCGAGUAAGGAAUUAUUAAACAACAAAAAAAAACGGCUGAUACCCUUAUUAACCGAGACAAGGCACUGCGACACCUUUUACCACGUAGGCCCGUGUCUUUACACUUAGUCCCCUCCGUUACCGACUAUGUAACGAGUCGUGAGACACGACGGAGGCAUCGAACUGAAAAAU